GCUGAGAGCACAGUCUGAGGAAGAGAGAGAAGACAAAUUACGGAGAUACUGUAUUAAUAAUCCUUAUUUCUGAAAUUUCAUACACGUUUGCUAGUUCUUGUCACUUUGGAUAUAUACAUAAUUUCCUCCAGCUUCUUGGAUUGGUUUAUUUGGUUUCUGCUUGAAUCUUCCUUCCGUGGUCUUCUGCAAAAUGUCGGACAGAACAAUGGCGCGGCAAGUACUGCUGUUUAUUUGGUUUCUCUCUCUCAGUUCGGCUCUCGGGCAGGUCAGUUACUCCAUUCCUGAGGAAAUGGCGAAAGGCUCUUUAGUCGGAAACAUAGUGCAGGAUUUGGGUUUAGAUUUAAAGAGACUGAAAUCGGGUAAAGCGCGUAUUUAUACAGGAGACAGCGCUGAAUACAUCGAGCUGAAUAAAGAGAGAGGAGUCCUCCUUAUCAAAGAGAGAAUAGACCGAGAGGCGCUAUGCGGACAGACAACGCCUUGCGCCCUACAUUUUCAGAUUAUUCUUGAAAACCCAAUGGAAUUUUUUAGCAUCACCAUUGAAAUAAUAGAUAUUAAUGACAACACUCCCAGUUUUGAGAAGAGCAGAAUUAUUUUUAGAAUUAGCGAAUCUGCUGUUUUAGGGUCUAAAUUUAUGUUAGAGCCUGCUAUAGAUCUCGAUGUGGGAAUCAACGGCCUUCAAAGCUAUAUGCUAAAACCUACUGAUAAUUUUAAUCUUAUAUUUAAAAAUCAACCAGGAGACGGAAAAAAUGUCGAAAUUGUUCUAAAAAAGCCUUUAGAUCGUGAAAAACAGCAUGAUAUAAAAUUAGUGCUCACAGCCAUUGAUGGGGGAGAUCCUCAGUUGUCUGGCAGUAUAGAGAUCCACAUUACAGUUUUAGACGUAAACGACAAUGCUCCUGUUUUCUUACAGUCAGUUUAUAAAGCGACUGUCACAGAGAAUGCGCCAAAAGACACUGUAGUGUCAACAGUGAGUGCAACUGACCCCGACGAGGGAAUAAAUAGUAAAAUAGAGUAUUCUAUUGCAAACAGACAGGAUGAUGCCAGGCAGUUAUUUGGCAUAAAUCAAGAUAAUGGUCAAGUUACAGUGGUCGGAAUAAUAGACUUUGAAAAAGCUCGCAGUUACGAGAUAAGCGUUCAAGCGAGUGAUCAUGGUGGUCUGACUGAUUCGUGUAAAAUCAUAGUUGAUGUAAUUGAUAUCAAUGAUAAUAAGCCAGUGAUCAAUAUUAUGUCCAAAACAAACGUGAUAGCUGAAAAUCCCGCGUCUGAGACGGUGGUUACAAUGAUAAAUGUUCAGGAUCUUGAUUCGGGAGAAAAUGGGAAAGUUCAGUGUUCAGUUAAUGAGAACAUUCCUUUUACCUUGAGGUCGACGAAUGCCAAUUUCUUCAGUUUAGUCACAGAUGGUGAUUUAGACCGAGAGCGCGAGUCUGAGUAUAACAUCAGUGUGACGUGCGCUGAUGAGGGCGUGCCCUCUCUCUCCAGCAGCGUCACUCUCUCCUUACAGAUAUCAGAUGUGAAUGAUAACGCGCCUGUCUUUGACAAGAGCUCAUAUGAGGCCUCUGUUCAAGAAAACAACACACCGGGUCUUUCCAUAUUCACAGUCAGAGCCAGAGACACAGAUUUUAACCAGAAUGCCCGUGUAUCUUACAUAUUGGAGGACUCGUCGGUUAACGGAGUUCCCUACAAUUAUGAGGUUUGCAGAACCACUGACUCCAGAAAGAGUGAUCUGAAAUACGGCAGACCUUGCAGUGAGAGCAUCAUUAGUCUGGACAGCAGCGGAACACAGACACUCACGCAUGCUCAAAGAGGAAAACUGAUCAAUGAAGAAUGUGAUGAUCAGCACGUGUACAAUUAUGAAGUUUGCAGAACCACUGACUCCAGAAAGAGUGAUCUGAAAUACGUCAGACCUUGCAGUAAGAGCAUCAUUAGUCUGGGCAGCAGCGGAACACAGACACUCACGCAUGCGCAAAGAGGAAAACUGAUCAAUAAAGAAUUUGAUGAUCAGGUGAGAAUUUUUAUUUCCAGUUUGUGUAGCAGUUACAACAUUUUUUUUACUGCAAAAGCAUUCAAACCGUUCAUACAUGCAAGGGAGAGACUGCACUUUGAUGAUUGUGAUGAUAAGUUCAAUCUUACAGUAUAUGGAACGCUGCCGCUGAAAUAA